AUGGAUGUCCUGAUGCGCCGCAGCCUGAUUCUGACCCUGCUCAUUGCACUGAGCCUGCCGGUGGCCACGAUGGCCCAGAGCGGCCUGCGCACCGAGGGUGAUGUCGCCACCGCCACUGGCGCGUACGAGGCCGAAGUGCCCGUCAACAGCCAGGCCGAAGCCGAUCGCAACGGCGCCCUGGCCCGCGCGCUGAGCGUGGUUCUGGGCAAGUUGUCCGGCGAUCGCAGUGUGAUGUCCCGCCCCGGCGUGGACCAGAGCGUGAGCGCCAGCGGCGCCCCCAGCUUCCGUACCCUGCUGGUGGCGCGCUUCCGCGAGGAUGACGUGGAUUCACUGGUGUCGGCGCUGGGCCUGCCGCUGUGGCCGCAGCCGCGGCCGAAGCCGGUGCUGUGGCUGGCGGUCGAUGACGGCAGCGGCCCGCGCCUGGUCAGCGUGCAGCAGGCCAAUGCCGCCCGCCCGCUGCUGAACCGCGCCAUCGAGCGUGGCUACAAGCUGGGCCUGCCCAGCGGCGGCGCCGCCGAGCAGGCGCUGGCCGGGGCCAUCUGGCGCCAGGACAGUGCCGCCGUGGCCCGCGCCUCCUCGCGCUAUUCGCCGCCGAUGCAGCUGAUCGGCAAGCUGUACCGCGCCAAUGGCGGCUGGCAGGCGGACUGGGACGCCAACGCCAUGCGCGCGAUGGCCGCCGGCGCCGACGGUGCCGCCGAUGCGCUGGUCAAGCGUUACGCCAAGGCGGGCGUGGCCACCGGCCAGGCCGGGACCUAUCGCGUGGUGGUGACCGGCAUCAACAGCGCCGACGACUACCUGCGCCUGGCCGCCGGCCUGCGCGACGUGCCGGUGGUGCGCAACGUCACCCCGCUGCACGCCUCGGCAAGCCAGCUGAGCUGA